CAGCCGAUCGAUGAAGCAAAAAUCAGUGGGCAUGGUAUUCAAUAUAUUAGCUAGUAAAUGCAUUCAAAUUUCAAUCAACUAAUGCUAGAUAUUUACCGGUAGCUCAAACGUUACAACCGGUCAUUCGUAUAUCAAAGGCAAAGUGAUAUUCCUUGUAUUGUCAAACUAUGUGUAGCGAUCAAUAGCGGGCUAUAAAGCACUCCCAGACUGCUCUCUCUCAGAGCUAAUAGAAGCCUUCCAACAGGAGAAACCCACACUCUGUCUUCAUUCUUUCUCUCUCUUCCACACACUUCCAGACAGACUGACAAUGUUUAGUGUGAAGCCCGGAGUGAUUGUUAUCUGUUUGUUUGUCCUCGGUGUGGAGUCCUACUGGUACCAGUAUUACAACCAUGGGCCCUUAUUUCAAAAAAAUUGGAAACUUCACCGAAGAAGUCUAAAUUGUGUUGAAACCGACGAGCAGUGUGGACAUACUAGUCAGUGUUGUGACGCGAAGAAUGUAUGCUUGAAGGACCGACAACAGUCAAUUCUGAUGGGUCGUGGGAUUGGAAUUUGCAGAAACGUUGAAAAGCUGAAGCCUGGUCCAGAAUUCCUCAAGCAAUUAGGAGCCAAGUGUUCGGACAGCACGGAAUGCGGCGCUGGUCUUUGCUGCAGGGGCAUCUUCCGUUUCCGGUUUGGCAAGGUUUAUCGGUGUGAGAAAAGCGAAGGUCCAUUCAUGUGCAUUUCCAGUGAAGAAUUCGAGUUCUAAAUCAACUUUUACAAGUGUUUACAUUUUCUACGUCAUGAAUUCGAAUACAUACCUGUCAAAAUACGAGUUAAUAUGCUUUUAAGGUGUGGACUUUUUAUGAGUAAGUAGGGUUGAGAUUUGCAAAAUUAACCUAUAUCUAACAUCAUACCGUAGUGUGUAAACUGCAUAUAUAGUUAAAAACAACACGUUGAUAGAGAGGUUCGAUUUCAUCGAAGUUCCAUAAAGUUUCAUUUAUAAACAACUUUACCUUAAUUUGUGUAGAAAUUUACUUCUAAGUAUGCAAGCUAUCCAAAAAUAAAAACACGUACCCCUCCCCACCCCAUGAAAAUUGUUGUUGUUAAAGAAAGAUAAUUUUCUACAAUGUAUACAAUACUGUAAAUAAAUUAUUUACAUCAGAGAAA